GUAAACAUAACCUUAUAUACGCAAAAAUAAGAUUGAAACUGUCAUGAGAAAGUAAAUCCGAAGAGUGGAGAAGAGGUAAUUGAAAGGAUGUGGGUGGCGGUGAUAUGCGGCGUGGCUGUGUACCUCUUUGUGAAGCUCUUCUUCUACGAAGACGACACCCUUCUCGAUCUCGACUCCUCCCACUCCACCGCUCUCUUUGCCGUCGCCAAAAGGCUGGAAAAGCUGUACCAUGGGAGUAAAGUCUACGUCGGCAUCCAGAUUCCGGACGCCGAUUCAGCUUCUCGCCGGAAUAUUGACCUUGUUCUAGUCACUAAUCAGGAGGCCGUGGUGAUUUCCGUGAAGAAUUUUUCAGGAUUUGUGUCCAUUAAUAAGGAUGGUAAUUGGAUUUUCACUGAUGGGAAGCACCACAAAACCAAUUGUAUUCCUAAUCCUGUUGCUGAAACAAGACAAUUGGUUUCCAUUCUUGAAGAAUAUCUUGAGCAAAGGGGAGUCACGCUUCCAGAAGGAUAUUUGUCUUUUAAAGUCAUUUGCCCGAACCCAAAAUUUUGGGAAAUAAGUCAAACCGAGAUGGUGCAUGUGUUUGUGAGACUUAUAAUUGGCUUUUUAUCGAUUAUCGAAACACCAUCUCUGUCCAUACCCACAUUCCAUUGCUCUUGCAGUUCAAUUUCAGACUCGUUUCCGCCUGAGGUUAUUCCUUACGAUCAGUGGAAACAAUUAAAACCUGAGACGAAAGGUUCGUAUUCUGGAUGGAUCAAAGGUGUUCUUCAUGGUGGAAAGGAUAAAAUGAAUAACUCCAUUCUCGAGAAGCUCAAGUCUGUUCUAAGCACUGUUCCAAUUUUAGAUAGGUUAGAGCUCAAAGGCAACAGGUACGUUCUUGGAGAUUUCAUCGAGUUCAAAGGGAAGCAAGAUGACCUUGAGGCAUUGAGAAAGAUCAGGCGAUCGAAAGUUAGCCACCUCAGCAUUCAGAAGAUAAGCAUGUUUGGCUUUGCUCAUUCAACCGUCCAAGUUUUGUAUUAUCCACGUGACUAUAGAGUUGAGGGGUCUUCCCACUCUUCAGAGUAUGAGGAAGUGACGGUUAAGUCGAGCACAGAAGUCGUUUUUCAGCCGCAAAAUUCCACAAAACAUCGAAAGUAUAAGCUGUCUUCUGUUAUUUCCAUGUCGCUAAGUGCCUGAAAUUUCAAGCAGUAGUGGUGGUUUUUGCUGGUUCAUGUGGAUCGACAGCUAUACUCUUGAGAGUUGAGACGUAUACAAAAGUAUAGAUGCAUAUACAUUUUGAGCUUCUAGAGCAAUGUAAGGGACCAGGUUUUUAUUGUCUUUACUUUGUUUCACCUUGGUCACUAUAAGUGAAUGAUUCCUACUAUGCAUGCGGAGACUUUAUUUGUCUUUAUUUGUAAUUAGGGUCGUCUGAGUGGUGUAUGAAGAUAUCUUCGUACAAUGAGGGAGGAUAAUUUGAUCUAACGGACUAGGGGACAUUAUCGGGGAAAUAUUGGCAGAGCUACCCCUCAGAUGACUACCAAAUUUGCACCACCCAAAUUUUUUAAAAUAGCACAUAAAAGAACAAGUGAAAAAUCAC